CUGCAUAUGCCAGUAACACCCACAGCGAGCAAAGCGCCCCCCACAAAGGCCUCCCGUAGGGCCGUUGCGUCCAACAAGCGAGCUCUCGAGCGUGCGCACCCGGGGCAGGCGGGCGUUUCUGCGCGGGAGCCCCGCCCCGCUCUGGGGCCGGUGCGGGUCACGGAGGAGGCCUCCCCGAAGCGCAGCCCCGGGCUGGGUGACCUGGGGCAGAGGCGAGGGCGCUGUCCGGGCGUCCCGCCCCGCGCUCCUGCGUAAACACGCGGUUCCCUCGGCAACGCCUGGAACCCACGUCAAAGGCUUCGCGGGGUCCCAGGCUACGGCCACCCGCUCCGGCGAGCCCGACUGCCAGCAGCGCCCUCGCCCGGCCUGAGCCCCUGCAGCUGGCGGCCACCCCCGGAGCGGGAUGAGCAGACCCGCCGCCGCGGCGGGGCCUGAUGGAGGAGCCGCCGCCGCCCCGCCCGCCGGUGAGCCCGGCCUGGCCGGGCAGCCCAGCCCCCGGCGCCCCCUCCCCGGCCGGCGGCCCUGGUGGCUCUUCGUCCACGGCGCCGGCGGCGGCCGUGCUCUCCUUCAGCACCGUGGCGACCGCGGCGGCCGCGGCGCUGGGGAACCAGAGCGACGGGAGCGGGGCCGGCAGCGUUGGCGCCCCGGCUGGCGGCGGCCCCGGAGGGCACGGGGCGGGGGCGGCGGCGGCGGCGGGGAGGCCCCCGCUGGGCCCCGAGGCGGCGCCGCUGCUGUCGCAUGGGGCGGCGGUGGCGGCCCAGGCGCUCGUCCUCCUGCUCAUCUUCCUGCUGUCUAGUCUGGGCAACUGCGCCGUGAUGGGGGUGAUCGUGAAGCACCGGCAGCUCCGCACCGUCACCAACGCCUUCAUCCUGUCCCUGUCCCUGUCGGACCUGCUCACGGCGCUGCUCUGCCUGCCCGUCGCCUUCCUGGACCUCUUCUCGCCGCCCGGGGGCUCGGCGCCCGCCGCCGCCGCUGCCGCGGGGCCCUGGCGCGGCUUCUGCGCGGCCAGCCGCUUCUUCAGCUCGUGCUUCGGCAUCGUGUCCACGCUCAGCGUGGCCCUCAUCUCGCUGGACCGCUACUGCGCCAUCGUGCGGCCGCCCCGGGAGAAGAUCGGGCGCCGCCGCGCGCUGCAGCUGCUGGCGGGCGCCUGGCUGGCGGCGCUGGGCUUCUCCCUGCCCUGGGAGCUGCUCCGCGCGCCCCGGGAGCCGCCGGCGGCGCAGAGCUUCCACGGCUGCCUGUACCGGACCUUCCCGGACCCUACGCAGCUGGGCGCGGCCUACAGCGUGGGGCUGGUGGUGGCCUGCUACCUGCUGCCCUUCCUGCUCAUGUGCUUCUGCCACUACCACAUCUGCAAGACCGUGCGCCUGUCGGACGUGCGCGUGCGGCCCGUGACCACCUACGCGCGCGUGCUGCGCUUCUUCAGCGAGGUGCGCACGGCCACCACCGUGCUCGUCAUGAUCGUCUUCGUCAUCUGCUGCUGGGGGCCCUACUGCUUCUUGGUGCUGCUGGCCGCAGCCCGGCAGGCCCAGGCCGCGCAGGCCCCCUCGCUCCUCAACGUGGUGGCUGUCUGGCUGACCUGGGCCAAUGGGGCCAUCAACCCUGUCAUCUAUGCCAUCCGCAACCCCAACAUUUCGAUGCUCCUAGGGCGCAACCGGGAAGAGGGCUACCGGACUAGGAAUGUGGACGUUUUCCUGCCCAACCAGGGCUCGGGUCUGCAAGCCAGAAGCCGCAAUCGCCUUCGAAACCGCUAUGCCAACCGGCUGGGGGCCGGCAGCAGGAUGUCCUCUUCCAACCCGGCCAGCGGGGGCGGAGGGGACGUGGCCAUGUGGGCUCGCAAAAAUCCAGUUGUGCUUUUCUGCCGGGAGGGGCCGCCAGAGCCUGUAACAGCAGUGGCCAAACAGACUAAAUCCGAAGCCGUGGAUACCAGCCUCUGAGAAGGGUUGGAAUGCCCCGCUUGUGAAGGCAAAUUUUCACCCGCUUUGUUUAAUGACACCGAAUUCCGCGGAGAAUCGUGUAUUUCAUAAAGCCAAACACCUAAAAAAGAGACAAAGGCGGAGGCUUGCCACUUCCUCUAACAACAUACAGGACAAUGUCUGCAUCUUCAAAAGUGCCAAAAGGACUGUAAGAUGCAAAAAUUAAAACAAUAUUGAACCACACAACCAUGCGUUGUGAACUGUAAGUGCCAAAAAUGACAAAAAUAAAAAUCACAAUUACUGAAAAGCUCAUACUACUGGAAUCACACUGUGAAACAAACAAAAAAAAAUUAUUUGAAUGCAACCUGUACUUGUUCAAAUACACUGUACAUAGUGUUUUAGGAAAGAAUGGAGACCCUGAGAAUUGCUUGAAGCCCCUCUAAAUCACCAGCAUUCAGCAAAACUUCAGAUUUCCAGAACUUGCCCCUCCGACACGUGCUGUGGGUGCUUAGGCUGGAAGGGGGUGAUUCCUGGCCUUACAAGCCUUGGUGGCCCGCCCCCUCCCCCACAAUAAGCUUUGUGGGAAAUUUAAAACUCAUAUCCCAUUUAAAGACAUUUUAGGAUUUUGAAAAGGUGGCUUACUGCUAUAAAACUCAGCCAUCUGAAAGGCAAAUAGAAGUAUGAAUGGAAAGAAAUGUGGCUGUUUAGAAAAGUAUUCCAAGAUUAUACUUAAAAAUGUCCCUCAUCUUACCCCCAAAAUUAUCUGCCUAGGGAGCUUUGAGGCUUUGCUCUUACUCUAACCGGCUGCUCUGUUUCUAACGAUCUGGGAUGCCACUCGCAGAAUGCUUUCAGAUUUUUUAAAAAGAGAGCUUUCGUAGUAGAAAGUCUUCGUCUUUUGAGGUAAGCUGAUUUUUGGACACGGCCAAAAAUGUAAUUUGAAGUCAAGUUGAUUGACUCAGGUGAGUAAUGCCACUUUUUUAUAUAUAAAAAAUGAGAGCUCUAUAAAGUAAGAAGAUUGGCUUUCCUAUGUGGUUUUUAAAUACUAAAGAUGAUUCUAAAGAGGAAUUCUAGAAAUAUUUUGAGAAGUGGCUGCAUUCUUGGAAUAAGCAUAGAGCUUUCCAAGAGGAUUAUCCUCUCCUGCAUUUGGAAAUUUGGGUACAUUUGUUUUUUUAAAACAAUGGAUUGUUGCUUUAUGGACAUGACUUGCCUAAAAUAAUGUAGUGUUUAUUGGAAAGAGAGAAUGGGGUGGGAUUAUAUGUAAUAAGGUAUUAAUGACCUAAGCAUAAAGUGAGAGAGGUGCUUCGAUCAAGCUGGAAAUAUCUUCAGAAAUGUGCAAAACAAAGAUGCUUUUUAAAAAACAUUUAAAAGCACGAGUUAGGAUUUGUGUGUGUGAAAUUUCUCACAUUAAAUCCCACUGUACACAGAAUCAUUUGCUCAGAAUUUUAUAAGAUGUUUUUGUGUUUUCUUCCUCUUUCUUUCCUUUCCUCCAUCUUGCCCCUCUUGUCUUCAAUUUUUCACAGCCUUAAAUGAAUAAAUACUUUAACCUAGAUAUGAAAUUAUAUCAGCCAUCAUAUAAAGAUUCAAUGUGAAAUAGUCACCUUUUUCUUGUAAAGUAUUUGAAGAUGUUUAUUGUACCUUAAUUUUUGUGUAAUAGUGGGUGUAUGUCAUUAUUUUGUAAGGAAAGAUGGAAAUAUAUGAUUCAUGUCAGAGCUAGAGAUGUUUUAAUUUUUCCCCUCCUCCAAGCAUUAUCACAAUCAGAAGUUAAUAAAUUAUCUGUAUAUAUCAUUACA